CCCCUGGAGAAUAGUGGAUGAUUGUGGUGGUGCUUUCACAAUGGGAGCCAUUGGUGGAGGCAUCUUUCAAGCCAUCAAAGGAUUCCGAAAUUCCCCAGUGGGUGUAAAUUACCGGUUGCGGGGUAGUUUGACAGCUAUUAAAACCAGAGCACCACAGUUGGGAGGUAGCUUUGCUAUCUGGGGUGGUCUCUUCUCCAUGAUCGACUGUAGCCUGGUGAAAGCAAGAGGAAAAGAAGAUCCUUGGAAUUCUAUUUCCAGUGGUGCUUUAACAGGGGCCAUUUUAGCUUCAAGAAAUGGACCAAUUGCCAUGGUUGGAUCUGCAGCUAUGGGAGGAAUUCUUCUAGCGUUAAUUGAAGGAGCAGGUAUCCUGUUAACAAGAUUUGCAUCUGCUCAAUUUCCUAAUGGUCCUCAACUUUCCGAAGACCCAUCUCAGUUACAAGCCUCUCCGUUUGGAGACUAUAGGCAGUACCAAUGAUUUCUUCUGUUUCUGUUGAACUUUAAAGUUUUACCUUUAAAAGGAGAAGCAAAAUGCAGCCUCACUUGAAGACUUUUCAUUGGAUGUGUACAUGUAGAUGUUACUGUAUUUUUCACAAUAUUUAAAGGAUUAUGAAUAGAAAUUAUCACUGUAAAAUAAAUAUGAAAUGCCUGCAAACUCCAUAGAUAUUCCUUAUCUUAAGGAUCAAGCAACAUAUGGAUCUGUGGCCUUUUUCAGUAUAAUGCAAAUUAUAUCACUGGGGAUAUAACCACCAUGUAAUAUGAAAACUUACAGAAUGCACUACCAGAAUAUGUGCUGGUAACAGACAUCUGCAGUGAGCUGCGUUGUUUCCUUCCAGAUAAUCAGAAAGAAGUGCAAAGUAAAGAAGAAAUAUUUAAUUUCCUUUUAAUUUUCUUGUAAUGUUAAUAUAAAAUCUCCGUAGUGAGAAUGAAAUAUUAAGGGAGAUCAUAAAAGUUCUUUACUGAAUAUUUAAAAGGAUAUAUUAUGUUGGCAAAAAAUUCAAGGACUAUUUUUGGCAAGAAAUCUGUUUUUUUUUUUCUUGAGCUUUUUUAAUCUUUGGAAAAUAAGUCUUAUAACAGUGGAUGAAAUGUUUGUGAUCAGAUGGUGUAAUUUGCAUGUCUAAAGUUCCUUACCCUAUCUGCACAACAACACGAUUGUCCUUCAUAACAGUCUUAUCUGAAGCUUGUGUGUUUUCAACUUUUGUCUGUUUUAAAUGAAUUUACUAUUUUUUUCCUAAGUAAUUAUACAAAGAAUAUAAAUAUGUUACCUGUUUUAGACUAAA